AGGAGAGCAAUCAUUCACUGUCUCCCCGCAUAGGUGCGGUGAGAUUGGAAGCACCCGGGCACACCGGAGGUACUCAAUCCAAAGCCUCACCGCACCAUUGUAGGGAGACGGAUGAAUUUUUUACUAGGGAGGGGGCGUUCAAACUCUUAUAUCCACGACAAACUACAGGGGAGAGGCAGAAUUUUUCCAAUAUACUAAAAAAAAGUCCCUGAUGAUGCGGCGCAGGGCCAAUUGAGGGGGGCGCAUAUGAUAUCAACAGAGGGUGGGAAGGAGGGAUAUUUAAUGGCUGAGACAAUGGGUUGCCCGGCUGGGUGAGCAUGUAAGAAAUCAGUUUCUCUCUGUAGAUCGAGCACUUAGGCACCCAGGCUCUCCAGGCGGGAAAGGGGGGAAGGUGACUAUUAUGCACCGAUCACUCGUGAAAGCGUCAGGAAUUAAGAGACGAAGUGAAGGAAAUGUGGAGAACUGUGGAUUCUCUCAUUACCUCACAAAAUCGAAUUCAAAUGGGUAAGUGGUCUUCUCUUUGCCCUUCUCUUCGGCUACGCCUGCUUCUUUCAUCUCGUUCUACUUUUUUUUCUUCUAAAGCUACAAAAAAUCAUCAGCGAGUGAAUCCUAUCGAAUUGUUUGAGAAUUCUACACAAAAUGAUGGAUUCAAGUCAAGUACAAGCACCUCCAUUAGUGUUGAGGAAGCAUUCCGCCGAUUCCACCUAUUGGUUCAUUCACAACCCUUUCCAAAUAUUGGUGUUUUCAAUCAACUAUUUGGGACAGUUGCCAGAUGCAAAAACUAUUCCACAGUGAUUUCUCUGUAUAAAAACAUGGAGUUCUUGCAAAUACAGCCCGAUGUGGUUACACUAAACAUCUUACUCAACUGUUUCAGUGGGUUGAAUCGGCCAGAUUUGGGCUUCUCUGUUUUUGGGGUCAUCAUAAAGCAUGGUUUGGAGCCAAAUAUUGUCACAUUAACCACCCUACUUAAGGGGCUCUGCAUGGUGGAGAAAAUUGCGGAGGCUAAAAUGUUGUUCCGCAAGAUACUCGAAGUAGGGUACCCUUGUCAUGAAAUCACAUAUGGAACCAUAAUUAAUGGGCUCUGUAAGACAGGAAACCAUUGUGAGGCACUUGAAAUGAUUAGGGCAAUGGAACUCGAGGGUAAAUGUAAGCCUAAUGUCACCAUGUAUAGUGCAGUCAUCGAUGCCCUUUGCAAAGAAGGAAUGGUAAAUGAGGCCUUGAACCUAUUAUCUGAUAUGGCCGGGAAACACAUCUCCCCAAAUGUUGUCACCUACAAUAGUUUGAUUCAUGCAUUUUGCAAUUUAGGUCGUUGGAAAGAAGCUGCAGAUUUGUUCAAUAAAAUGGUGAACCAUGAAAUCUCACCAAAUGUCAUUACCUUCAGCAUUCUGAUAGACUGUCUUUGCAAAGAUAGAAGGACUGCUGAAGCACAUAAGUUGUUUGAAUUGAUGCUUCAAAGAGGACAUAAGCCGGAUGUUGUCACUUUCAACUCUUUGAUUCAUGGCCUAUGCAAUUCUGGCCAAUCGGAAGAAGCCACUGGAUUGCUAAAUAAAAUGUUGGGACUAAGAGUCUCUCCUGAUGUCGUGACUUUCAACAUUUUGAUAGAUGGUCUUUGUAAAGAAAAAAGGACUGCUGAAGCACAUAAGUUGUUUGAAUUGAUGCUGCAAAGAGGACUUAAGCCUGAUGUUUUCACCUUCAAUUCUUUGAUUCAUGGUCACUGCAAUUCUGGCCAAUGGGAAGAAGCUACUAGGUUGCUAAAUAAAAUGUUGGAACUAGGAAUCUCUCUUGAUGUUGUGACUUUCGGCAUUUUGAUUGAUUAUCUUUGCAAAGACGGAAGAACUUCUGAAGCACAAAAGUGUUUUACAUUGAUGCUUCAAAGAGGACAUAAUCCUAAUGUUGUCACAUUCAACUCUUUGAUUCAUGGCCUAUGCAAUGCUGGCCAAUCAGAAGAAGCCAUUGGAUUACUAAACAAAAUGUUAGGACUAGGAAUCUCUCCUGAUAUUGUGACUUUCAACAUUUUAAUAGAUGACCUUUGCAAAGACAGAAGGACUGCAGAAGCAUAUAAGUUGUUUGAAUCGAUGCUUCAAAGAGGACUUAAGCCUAAUGUUGUCACUUUCAGCUCUUUGAUUCAUGGCCUAUUCAAUUCUGGCCAAUCGGGAGAAGCCAUUGGAAUGCUAAACAAAAUGUUGGAACUAGGAGUCUCUAUUGACGUCAUAACUUUCAGCAUUCUGAUAGAUGGUCUUUGCAAAGAUGGAAGGACUGCGGAAGCAUUUAAGUUGUUUGAAUUGAUGCUUCAAAGAGGACUUAAGCCUAAUGUUGUCACUUUCAGCUCUUUGAUUCAUGGCCUAUGCUGUUCUGGCCAAUCAGAAGAAGUCAUUGGAAUGCUAAACAAGAUGUUGAAACUAGCUGAACGUCAUUUGGAACUCAUGGAUGACACUGUUCCUUUUAACCGGAAACCAAGCUUGCAUCGAAUGUCUAUCAUGUCUCAUAGGGUGAUGCCUUGGAGAACAUUAAGAUUCAAUAAAUCUGCCUGCAAUCCAUACAAUUCAGACUUUGAUGGUGAUGAAAUGAGUUUACAUGUUCCUCAAACAGAGGAGGCUCGCACAGAGGCUUUUAUGCUGAUAGGGUUAAUAGGCCUAAACUUUGAGCAGAGAAGUGAUAGAGGUCUCACCCCAAAGCACAAAGCCAAUCUGGGAUUAGGAGCAUUUCCGUGUGUCAUACAUUAUCGAAUAGCCCAACUGGGUAUCUUGCACAAGAAUUUAUGCUGUUUCUGGGAAAGGAGAUUAUGAACAGUAUCAUUAGAGGAAUGCAGUAGCAUUGUGGAUGCUAUAUUUGGAUUGAUUUCUUUCAAAUGCUUGGACUUUCCAAUAGAGGCAGAAGCUGUGAAAAGUAUGUUUAUUUGGAAUUUUUCGGUGGUGAGGAUGGACACAAGACACUAAAGAGAAGAUAAAAUUCUUGCUUCGGGAACUGACCAGUCUCUCUGAAGUACAUUGCUAAGCAUUUCAAAUUACCACAUUUCAAUCAAGUUGCCAGUUUCAGUGGCUGAAGGGGCUUAUAGUUUCCAUUUCCAAGAUUUUAUGGAGUCAUUGAACCUUCCAUGAUUGAUAGAGCUUAUGUUCGAAGGAUUUUGAAGGAGCUGAGCAUCUCUCUCUCCUCCCC